ACAGGCGGGAGGGGCGUGGGCGUCUUCGGCCAGCGGUCCUUUCGCUCCGUUGCACCUCCCGGCUUGUGACUCGGUCCUCCUUUCAUUUUCCCUUCCCCGUGGCCUUGGAUUAAGAAGGGGACCUUGCUGCCUACCUACCCACCCGCCCUGCCUUCGUCUUUAAAACAAAUACCUGCCUGGCGGGCGGUUCUUUAGUCACGGCAGGUUCCCUCUGAGGCUGGGAGCGAGAGCGCGGGGCGGGGAGGUGGGGAGAAGACGGGGAGCUUGCCCGGUGCAUUUGGGGGCCGCCGCCUCCGCGAAGCUUUCGCCGCUUUGCCCGUCGGACGAGCGGCCGACUCUGGGAAGCGGCUUGGGUGCGCGACCAGCCUCUGUCGUGGGAAACGCCGCGUGUGGGUCUUCCUCUGGGCUGGUAAAAAAAACGGCUUUUUAUGCCGUUAAGUUACAGAAAAUGCUGUUUUCUUUGGUACUGUGUGCAGUCCUACUCAUUGGAAGGAGUGAAGCUCAGAAUGAUGAUGAAUGGAUUGAUCCAACAGAUAUGCUGAAUUACGAUGCGGCAUCAGGAACAAUGAGGAAGCCUGACAAGGUAAAGGAACUGAAUCAAGAUGCUUCUGGAAAUAAACUAUUAACAGAGGCCAAGGCGGAUGUCUCCAAGUGCCAAAGGAAGCUUGAUUUUCUGAUUCAUAAGCUUGAAGACUAUGAAAAAAAAGAUAAAGCCAAGUUAUAUGACAGCAGUAGCAUACACAUUUUUAAGAGAUACUUGAAUAAGAUUUUAAAUGAAGCUGGAAGAAUUGGUCUACCUGAUGAUAACGCUGGGGAUAUGCACUAUGAUGCUGAGAUCAUCCUUACCAAACAGAUGUAUAAUGAGAUCAAAAGGUUUCUCAAUGAAGAAGGGUGGAAAUCAGCUGCUUUAGAUGAUGCUCUCAGUGAUAUUCUGAUUAAUUUUCGGCACCAUGAUUAUGAAGCUUGGAAAUGGAAAUUUGAGGACUCAUUUGGGGUUGAUCCAUACAAUGUCUUCAUGGUACUUCUGUGUGUGGUGUGCAUUACAGUAAUCGUUGCUACAGAACUGUGGACACGUAUUGGUUGGUUUACACAGCUAAAACGUGUUAUGUUCCUAAGUUUUCUCAUCAGUUUUGGAUGGAACUGGAUGUAUCUAUAUAAGGUAGCCUUUGCUCAACAUCAAGCUGAAGUUGCAACGGUGGGAGAUUUUGAUAAAGUUUGUGCAGAGAAGAUCCAUUGGAGUGAUGGGAUUUUUGAAUGGCUUAGAAGCUCAAUGACAUUCCAAGAUGAUCCUUGCAAAAAGUACUAUGAAACUUUAUUAGUAAAUCCUAUUUUGCUUGUUCCUCCAACAAAGGCACUGGCUGUUACAUUUACCAAUUUUGUAACAGAGCCACUGAAGUACAUAGGGAAAGGGAUUGGAGAAUUUAUUAGAGCACUCAUGAAAGAGAUCCCAGUAUUGCUACAGAUCCCAGUGCUGGUCAUCAUGGCAGGGGCAGUUCUGAUUUUCUGCUAUGGUGCAGGAAGAUCAGUUACUUCAAUAAGGCAGUUAAGCAACCAAGACAAACAUCCUCCUCCUUCACUUCCCCCUUGGAAUGGUCAACGAGAACAGAUACCAAAUCUACAACAGAAUGGUGCAGGUGACAGAGGUGGCUACUUGAUGGGAAACACUGAUGGCAUCCAGAGAGGACCUUAUGAUAGAGGAGAUGCUUCAACAAACAGAUACCAGUCUACAAAAUCUGAAGCUGGCAGCAGAAGCAACAUUGAGGUUUUGCAAGCAGGUGAUAUGCUGGAUACCACAACAGGGAAGUCCCUGAAGUUGACUGUCAAGAGCAAUCUGUCUUCAAAUGAACAUUCAGAAGAAGGAGCAGGAAAAAAUAACAGUAACAGUCAUCUGAGUGAAUUGUGUACUAAGCCAAGUGAUCAGGCUACUGAGAGCACAGAAAAAAACAGCAUAUAUCAAAGUCUGGGUGAAGCAAACACCACUGAACAAGACCAGUCUUGCCAGAUGGAAGAACCUACAAACGGCAACCAAGAUGAAACAAAACCUGUAAUUAAUGAGGACCAGAGUUUGAAACCAGAAAACAAGUCACAUGGCUUAGAAGAAACCACAGAGAAGAUAACAGAAAGUCUGAGCUUUUCUGAACAAAAUCAGAGGAACACUGCUUCCUGAUAGAUCGCCACUUUUACAAGCAAAAUGACAUUAACUAUUUCUACUUUUAAACAUAAGAAAAUAUAGCUGUCCUUGAAUGCAAGGAAUGGUUUGUUGCCCUUCAGUGUCCCAGCACCUGAUAAUUAGGUUAAAACAGGCAUAUUUUCUUAAGGACCCAGAUCAUGUUUGUCAGGUAUGUGUUUCCAUGUCGCAGUUUCAAAACAUUUUUAAAGCAUCUGAAUGGGACAGCUGCAUUGAGACUUGAAGUAUAUACACAAUGCUAAGGGGCUUUUUUUGUAUAUUUGAUUUAACCACAAAAUAAAAACGACAGGGAACCUGA